ACCCUGUUUCCAACUCAAGAGGUGGCAGAUUGAAUCUCUACUCCUACUCAUUGUGCAACAUCUCCUAACAUCAGGGUCAAUUCCCAUGCUGUCAUUCUAACCCACAAUUCCUUUUGUCCCUUUCUGCAGGCCUGUGCAUAUGUCCAUCCACAUGUGGCCUACACAAUUCUGGGUCUAGCAUGGAGAGCAAGGUGGGAAAGAGGAACCACAGUGUGGUCAUAGCGAUCAUUUUGCUGGGACUUUCUGACCAGGGAGAGCUGCAGUGGCUCAUUUUUGUGGUUUUUUCCCUGGUCUAUGGUGUCGCUGUGCUGGGAAACCUCACUAUAAUCACACUGGCCUCCUUGGACUCUCAACUGCACACCCCUAUGUACUUCUUCCUCAGCAACCUGGCCUUCUUGAACAUCUGCUAUGUCUCUAUUGUCAUCCCAAAAAUGCUGACUAACAUCAUAACAGGGAGAAAGAGCAUCUCCUACGAGCUGUGUGAAACUCAGGCAUUUGUCACUCUGUUCCUGGGCUCUGCUGAAUGCUUCAUCCUCACAACGAUGGCUUUUGACCGCUAUGUAGCCAUAUGCAACCCCCUGCGCUACAAUACUAUCAUGAACAGGAGAGUGUGCAUCAACCUGGCAACAGCUUCAUGGACAACUGGCUUCCUGGCAACAGCCAUUCCUUCACCUUUCUUGUGGCCAGUGCUGUGUGGCCCCAAUGUCAUCAAUCAUUUCUUCUGUGAAACCCCAGCCCUGAUCAAGUUAUCCUGUGCAGACACCUCCAGCACAGAGAAAAUGAUGGUUAUAGGGGGUUUCUUCACCCUCAUGUUCCCUCUCUUCCUUGUCCUGGUGUCUUACAUUGGCAUCAUCCAGGCUAUACUGAAGAUUGGCUCUGCUGUGGGGCGCCAGAAAGCCUUCUCCACAUGCUCCUCUCACAUGACUGUGGUGACCAUAUUCUAUGGGACGGGGAUGUUCAUGUACAUGCAGCCCCAGGCACAGCACUCCCCAGACAAGGACAAGGUGAUUUCUGUCUUCUACGCUGUUCUCAACCCCAUGCUGAAUCCCCUUAUCUACAGUCUGCGCAACAGGGAGGUGAAGGGAGCCCUGGGCAGAGUGCUACAAAGGUACAAGGCCUUUGGAAGAAUAUAGCCUUCCCUUCCAUAUCCAUGCAAUGCGGUGUCAUGUAAAGGGCGUUUAGACACACACAGUAUUGUUUGGCCAUUUCCAGCUGCCUAUAAGCAGGCCAGGGGGAGUCAUGAAAGGGCAGAUAGCACCUCACAGUGAACUGCCAAAGUCUGUGUGAUAACCAUGGAAGUCAGUUAAAGAAGUUGACCCCAGCAGGGAUCUUGCCCCUUCACUACAUGUGAAAUUUAUCUGUCACAAUGAUCUGUGCUUAGUCUGUGACCAGAAGUCACUGUUUAUGGGGCUGUAAAGGUUUAGUUUUACAAGGACACACUGCUCUAGCAUAGUAGAGGUCACAUGGACAAAAAGGAAAGGAAGAGGAGCACCCCUGUCCAUACGGGAAUGGAAAUGGGCCAAACAGUCAGCUUGAAGGAGCUUUUAUCCAGUCUGCAAUGAAGAUGCAGCCUUGUUUUGCCAGACUGACAAAAGUACUGAGCAGCAUGCACGGAUACUUUCUUCCACUCGGGGCAGAGCAUUGGCUGCUGAUGAAUAGAUGGACCGGACGGAGCCAGUGAGACUGCAGAAAUCAUGAGGGGCUGAGGAAAAUGCUCAGAAAUGCUCAAAAGACAUUUUUUUUUAUUCUUGGAGCCAUUACUGUUAAAUGUACGUCUUUCUCACAUUCCUAAAAUGAAAUAAAGUUUUGGCCAUCUUGAUAGUGCA